ACAGUUUUUGUCCAGCAGCGAACGACAACAGUAAGUUUGAGUCUGAAAAUAUUGCACCGGUGGAGUUGAGUAUUUCUGACUGAACAGCGAUAUCACGCUAUCAGUUGAGGUACAUUCUUGACGAUAUCAAGAGAGAGUUGUACAGGAAAAUGUUUGUGGUUAAAAGUAUUGCAGCGGAUCAUAAGGAUCUCAUUCACGAUGUUUCUUAUGAUUUCCAUGGUCGGAGGAUGGCGACGUGCUCCAGUGAUCAGAGUGUCAAGGUUUGGGACAAAGGUGACAAUGGAGAGUGGCACUGUACUGCAAGCUGGAAGACUCAUAGUGGAUCUGUGUGGAGAGUGACAUGGGCACACCCAGAGUUUGGUCAGGUUUUGGCGUCUUGUUCUUUUGAUCGCACCGCGGCCGUAUGGGAAGAAAUAGUUGGCGAAUCCAACGACAAACAGCGAGGUCAAAGUCACUGGAUAAAGAGAACUACUCUGGUGGACAGUCGGACAUCUGUGACUGAUGUGAAGUUUGCACCAAAGCACAUGGGUCUGAUGUUGACCACCUGCUCUGCAGACGGUGUGGUUCGCAUCUACGAAGCCCCUGAUGUGAUGAACCUUAGUCAGUGGUCUCUGCAGCACGAGAUCUCCUGCAAGCUCUCCUGUUCCUGCAUCUCCUGGAACCCAUCCAGUUCUCGAGCUCAUCCUCCAAUGAUAGCCGUUGGCAGUGACGACAGCAACAUGACAUACGGUGGCAAAGUGCAAAUUUAUGAGUAUAAUGAAAACACAAGGAAAUAUGCCAAAGUUGAGACGUUGAUGACUGUUACUGAUCCGGUUCACGACGUCGCCUUUGCCCCUAACCUUGGGAGAUCUUUCCACGUGUUGGCAAUAGCAACCAAAGACGUCCGCAUUUUCAAACUCAUACCACUUAGAAAAGAGAGCACCAGCAGCUCCGGUCCCAGUAAAUUUGAGGUGCAGGUGAUGGCUCAGUUCGACAGUCAUAACUCACAGGUGUGGCGUGUGAGCUGGAACAUCACCAGUUCUCUACUGGCCUCCUCUGGAGAUGACGGCUGCGUGCGACUCUGGAAAGCUAAUUAUAUGGACAACUGGAAGUGCACAGGGAUCCUCAGAGGAGAUGGGAGUCCAGUGAACAGCUCGUCUGGACACGCAGCAGCUCUCGGUGCGGUGGGCGUCUCUGCAACGGGUCAGAUGAUUGUUGGAGCAGCUUCUGCUGGCAGAAAGAAAGCACAGCUGAUGCCCGGCUAAUGGCAUAAUGUGCUGAUUGGCUGCUUGCUGCAUGAACAGGAUUGGAUAGAGCACUCAUUGACCCCGCCCCCUGCACUGUGUGACACCUGUACACUCAUCCAGCUACUAAUCUGUCAGAAGUGUGCGUUUUGCGCGUGCGAGCGUGUGUGUUUGUUGACUGCUGGAACUGUUGUGUGUUCUGUUCAGUUUUCUACUAUUGAACACUGUUACACUAAACAUGAUAACCUCAGUCUUAAUUUAACAUUAACAUAAUUUGUUGUGAUAUAUAAUUUUGUGUUACUUAUUUAUUUUAAAACACUCAACUUAAAUUAAUGUGCUGUGUGCAUAUUAUUAAGUUUCAAACUCAUAGUUUGACUGCUUGGCUAUUGGAUAUCUGGUUUGCAUUAAAAAUGUUUAUGUAGAUAAAUCGUUUGAUGAUCAGUUAACCAGAUUUACUAUUUUUUUGGGUGCAUGUAAAAUAAUGUCCUCUACCCAUGUGAUCAGUGUUAAAGUGAAUGUUGCAUUUCACUUAAAGAUAGAAAGAAAUUAGAAACUUCUGCAUGUCUUGGUAAUAUUUUAGUUUUAUUAGCACGCAUUAUUAACACAGUUAAGGUGAAAUAAGUUACCCAUAUUAGUUAGCCAUGUCUUGGUAAACUUUAGUUUUAGGCUAUAUAUUUUCUAUUCUGAACACUAGAGGGACACUGAGUGCCAUGCCGCACAGUUAUGAUCAGACCCUUGUCUCCAAAUAUAGCCCUAUAACUCAAGUUGGUUAAUUAAGAUCUAAAUUUGUUCAAAAACAAAAAACUUUUGUGGUGUCAACAGUUUAAGAUCUCACAAGUUCAUCAUUUUGAUGGUUUAUAAAAGAACGUGCCAAUUCAAGUGUGCUUGUUUGUAAAAUAAAAUUUGUUCUUUAGA